AUGCGACCAGGAGAGAUGCGACCAGGAGAGAUGCGACCAGGAGAGAUGCGACCAGGAGGGAUGCGACCAGGAGGGAUGCGACCAGGAGACAUGCGAGGAUUUAGCGGAUGCGAGGAUUUGGAUGUACUCAAUGUAUCAACCCCACUCCCUAUCCGCGGCGACUACAUCCAACUCUCCCUCCGCACAAUCACCAUCCUCCUCAGCACCACCACCCUCACCAUCCUCCUCCACAUCCAUCUUUCCCUCCACCGCACCUUCAGCCUCGGUAUCAGCGCGAUGCGCGGCCUACGCCCUCUGCCUCGACAAUUCAUCCUCCUCCUCUUCACCUCUCGCUACCGCCCUGCACUCCGCCAGGUGAUUAAAUGGCUAUGGUUCUUCGAGCUAACCGCCGUCGUUCUCCUCGCCAUCGGUUUUGCGUGGCUGCUACUCGCAGAUUUUGGGAGGGAGGCGCGGUCGGGUGGGUUGAGUGUAAAUUAUGUGUAUCGCGAUGCGGAGGAUCUGGGGUGGAGGAUGAGGGGGCCGUGGGUGUGGGGGUGA